CUUUUCAACUUUCUUGCAUCAUCAUAUCAAAAUAAAGUUCAGCCCUAUAUACACACCCCAUUAUGCCUCCAUUUUCUCUUUUUUUCUUCCUUCUAAUCCUUUUUUCAUCGGGAGGGAGAAUAUCGGAGAGCGCCCGAGUAUUCACCAUAAUAAACAACUGCAAAGAAACAAUCUGGCCAGGAAUAACCCCGGGAGAGAGUUUCAACGGCGGUGGUUUCGCACUAAAACGCGGGCAAUCCAUCGUUUUCAACGCGCCAGUCGGAUGGUCGGGCCGGAUAUGGGGUCGAACCGGUUGCAAUUUCGACAAUGACGGGAAUGGAGAAUGCCAGACCGGAGCCUGUGGAACUUCUCUGAAAUGCGGCGCGUCAGGAAAGACACCAGCGUCCCUGGCGGAGUUCACUCUGGCGGCGCUGGAUUUCUACGACGUGAGCCUGGUGGAUGGGUUCAAUUUGCCGAUGGCAAUAAGACCGAUAAACGGGACGGGAAAGUGCGGCGUGGCGGGUUGUGAUAAGGAUCUGAGACCUGAAUGCCCGAAGGAAUUGGCAGUAAAAUCGAAGGGGAAAGUGGUGGCGUGCCGGAGUGCGUGCGAUGUGUUUGAUAAAGAUGAGUAUUGUUGCAGAGGAGUUUACGGGAAUCCGGUGACUUGCCGGCCGACGUUUUACUCGAAGAAGUUUAAGGAUGCUUGUCCCACGGCUUAUAGUUAUGCUUAUGAUGAUCCCACAAGUAUUUUCACUUGCUCUGCUGCUGAUUAUGUCAUUACCUUCUGCUCCAACAGGAAUCAGCCGGUGUGUACUUACCAUAACCACAAGCUGGUUUGCAGUGGAUCAAACAGCUUGAAAUCCUUUGUCGGAGGACGGUGGUCUCUUCCAAUGGCGGCUUUUUUAUUUCUCAUCAAUUCAUGGCUUAUUUUUCAACUUUGAGGCUCCAUAUUUUUCACAUUAUUUGAUUAUCUACCUUUUUUUUUUUUUU